AUGUCCUAUCUUUUCACCCCUUUACAAAAUGUACAUAUAUACAAUAGGGAUUCUUCCAUUGAAAGAGUUUCAUUACUCAAGGAAUACCGAGGAGAUUUCUUUAUUAAGGGAACCGAAGUAUACCCUCUAACAGCAUAUAGUUUAGUAAUUUCACUAGAUAUCUCGAUUCAUGUACACAUUGAUGCAUUAAUAAUAAUCAUGGCUGUAACGAAUAGGAGAAUAAGAGGAAGAAAAUUCACUCAUUUACUAAUUCAUAUCUAUUUUCAGCUAAACAUUACAAUUAUGAGACAGCAACCAAGAAUUGAAUAUCAACAAUGA